UAAUAAUGGAUAUGAGUACGACAUUAACGAAAUGACAGCCCAAGCAUUUGUUUUCUUUCUCUCGGGGUAUAAUGCCAUAUCAACAGCUAUGUGUUUAUGACGCACGAAAUCGGUGUCAAUUCGGAUAUUCAAAGAAAAUUGAGAGAAGAAAUCGAUGAUGUUCUUAGGCAGACCAAUGGCAAACCUACCUACGAAACUAUCAAUUGCAUGAAGUAUUUGGACACCAUGGUAAAUGAAGCUCUCAGACUGUAUCCAAUAGGACCUUUUCUUGACAGAAAAUGUGUUAAGGAAACUAAAUUACCACCAGCGACUCCGGAUGGUGAACCGAUCACGGUAAAACCAGGUGAUAGUGUAUGGUUUCCGAAUUAUUCUCUGCAUCGCGAUCCGAAGUACUAUCCGCAUCCAGAUAAAUUCGAUCCAGACAGAUUCCUUAACGGAUAUGUAAAUAACUUAGUCUAUAUGCCAUUUGGAAUCGGACCUAGAACCUGCAUAGGUAAUAGGUUUGCCAUAAUACAAGCAAAAGUCUUGCUGUUCUAUCUACUUUGGCGGUGCAAUCUCGAACCCGACAUUAAAACUCGAAUUCCUAUGGUGUUAAAGAAGCAAACACUUCUUAUGAUGGCGGAUGGAGGUUUUUGGUUGAAAUUGCGAGUGAGAAAAUUGUAGGCUUCUAUUAACACAAUGUUUACGAACAGACAUAAAAUUAAGGGACAGGAAUAAUACACAUAUUUAAUACAUUCUUUUUAA